GCUGCGUCGUUUCAGGUUUCAGCAAGAUGGCUGAGAUGGCUCUGUUGUGAUUGUGAUUCGCGACUCGCAACGAGCAACGAUAUUUUCCAAAACAUACAAAUAGUAGCUGACGAAGAUUCUUAUGGUGAUUGAUUUUCGUGAAAAAACCAUCUAAAGAUGAGCGCCAGACUUCUGAAAGAUCCCGCUACUGCGUCCAGCCGUAUAUUUGUAGGUCAUUUACAAACUGACGAUGUUACAAAGUUAGAGCUGGAGGAGCAUUUCGCCAAAUAUGGCACUGUUAUAGCGUCGAUAACAAACAGAGGCUUUGGAUUUGUGCAGUUUGAAGAUGAGCAGUCUGCGCAGAAAGCUAUUCAAAAUGAAAAUGGUGCAAUGUUUAAAGGCAGGCGUAUAGAUGUUAGACCAGCGAAGAAAGAUGUUCAAUCUAGCGGUGGAAAUGCAGGAAAUUUAAAUGCGAAACAAAUGGGUGGAUCAAAUAAUCAAUUUAAUUCCAUGAAUAAUCAGUUUAGUAACACAAAUGACGGGUUUGGUACGAAUAAACCAACGUAUGCCGGCGGGAUGAAUCAGAAUUUUGGGAACGACAGUACCUUUGGCAACAACCAAAAAGACUCAAACGCUCAAGCUAGGAGCGGUGGAAUCAACUUUGACGAUGGAAAUCAGGCUGGAAGUACGGAUAUUGAACACGUUAAUGCGAAACAUAAUAAUAAUAAUAAUAAUAAUGGAAAUGAUCAUUUUAAUAAUCCCACGCAAAAUCGUGGAAACAAUCAAUUUAAUAUGAAUAAUCCGAAUCGUGGAAACGAUCAGUUUCUUUCUGGUCAUGGCAAUCAAAAUAGAGGCAACAACACGCAAUUUGGAAAUAACCAAAUGGGAAAUCAGACGAGGCCUGGAGGAGUUGCAGGAAAUCGUAAUCAAGCUAUCGCGGGCAGCACGCAAAACCAAAAUGCCGGUGGUGUUGCGAUGGGCCCUGCUGGCGGACCAGGUGUUCAUAGAGCUCGCGGAACGAGAGGGGGAAAGAAUAGAAAUAAGAAUAAUCAGAACAAUCCGAACAAUCCAAACAUGAUUAAUUUCAGAGAUCGAAGUCCAAUUAAUAGGAAUAAUCGGAUGGAAGAUAAAACAAAUACGAGAGACUGGGAUCUCAAACAAGGAGAUAGACUACGUAGCAACAAUUUUGUCAGAGAUUCAUUUAACGACAGUGGAACGCGUUUCGAUGAAUUCAAAGCUUCUGGAACUCGAGGAGAGACGAGUGCGAGUUUCGGGAACACCAGUAGCUCGUCUGAUUAUCUUGCCAUCGCAGCUGAGAAGAAUGACUGUGAAAUUAUCGUCGUUAAUAAAGCGUUAACGAAAUAUGCGGAAGAUAUCGAAUUACGCUUGAAGCAAAUCGGUUUAAUGGUAGAUUUGCUGUUUCCAAAUGAAGACGUUCCUUUAGGUCGUGUUUUGGGAAAUAUAGCAAGUCGUGGCUGCUUGUAUGCCGUAGUCGUUACACCCAUCAACCAUGAGCACCAUUCCUUGACACUGAAUAUUUUACAUGGUUUGCCACAAGAACACAGAAACAUGCCUGUUGAAGAUGCUAUAAAUUUGAUUUCACGAGAUUUCGCGACGUAUAAAGCUGGUGGCCGCUCGGUUCCUUUGAAUACCCCUCUUGCAAACGAGCGCCAUCCGGAUGCUAUACAAGUUCUCCUUAAUAUGCUGGCUGACAAUCAUCAGCUCACAGUUCUGCAAUACGAUCGCGUCAUAAAGUACCUCGACAUGAAACGCGAGGAACAAGUACAAGUUGAAUUGGGCGAUGCAAAAGAUUUGCCGGUAAAAACACCGCUCGCGCCAGUCAACGAUCCGAAACAGGCCGAAUUACAGACGAGAAUAUUGAAUAUCCUAAAUAACAGUAAGAGUGCCGCGACAGGGACGGAGCCCAGUCCAGUACCACCACCGACUUCAGCACCAGCCCCAAUCCCACCAGCUACGUGGGGAACAGCAUCAAACGCGGUCACGUCAUCCACGACAACCUCUUCUACAGGAGUUUCACCUUCGCCUCUCCUAAAUGAUCCGACAGUUCAGAAAGCUCUCGACAGUCUCUUGCAAGGUAAUCUAUUGAAAAACAUUGGCGAUCAACAACCAUCACCUGCGACAACAACUGGGGCGCCAUUGUUCGCUGCUUUCUCCAAUAUCGGUAGUAGAUUUUAACCGCCACAUGUAUUCUAUUACAUAAUCUUAUGAGUUUUGGACGUCUUCGUACUUGGCCCGAUUUUAUUCCGUACUAAACAUAUACACGCGCGCGAAAACGUAGUCAGCGAAAAGGAGACGUAGAAACUUGAGCAUUGCAAACAUGAUAAAUAUUUUAGUACAUUGUAUAUUAAUCGUGUAAAAUGGUAAAUUCAAGUCGAGUUUAUAUCACGUCUAAAAGCACGACACGUAUUAUUCAAAUAUUCACCGUACUGUUACUGCCUAUAUGUAUGGUAUAUAGUAUAUAUCGUUGAUAAUAUACUUGUCUCUAAAUAGCUAUGCGUUUAAAACUACAUAUGCUUUGAUACACAACAUUGCAUAUAAUUUACCAGAAAUAUACUUGAUACGUUUUUGAUUCUGCAUAGCGCACAAAUGCUUGAAUAUUAGGUACGACACACAUACACAUCUAAAAUACCCGUAUUUGAAACAAAACUAAUCUUACUUUUCCGUAUUAUAUAUGUUUUUAUGUAAAAAUCAGUUUUUAUACAACUUAUAGAAUGAUAAAUGUUAGAAUGAUAAAUGUGCAGUAUAAUUAAAGAUACACCCUCUUCUUCGUGUAUAAAAAUCAUUUUAACUUUCAUGUUCCUACACUACGGAGUAUUCUAACGUUAUCCAUAAUACGUGGUUCACCGGACAGAACGUACAAUAAUAUAAAUAAAUGAUAUUGUUAGGUAUGUUGUAGUAACUAACGUUUACGUGUUUUUUUUAAUUCUUUUUUAGUUCGUACUAAAAGUUACAAAAGUUUGUAUUUGCAUAAAAUUUUUUAUAAAUUGAUAAUAUAUAUAGAUUUCUUCAAGUAGACGUAGAUAGGUCGAUAGAUAUAUAUUUUAGGCUUUAUUAACAUUACUUGGCUCUAUAUAGUGAGUAAAUUUAUAUAUUUGAAGUAAGACGGUGUCUGGUGUCAUUAGCUAUUAAUUAACGCUUCAAUUAUGUAAUAUAUCUAAAAUAUAUUGUGUCUAAAGAAUCA